AGAUGUCUGCCCAGAGGUUAAUGUCUAACAGAACAUCCCAGCAAUCUGCAUCUAAUUCUGAUUACACCUGGGAAUAUGAAUAUUAUGAGAUUGGACCAGUUUCCUUUGAAGGACUGAAGGCUCAUAAAUAUUCCAUUGUGAUUGGAUUUUGGGUUGGUCUUGCUGUCUUCGUGAUUUUCAUGUUUUUUGUGCUGACUUUGCUGACCAAGACGGGAGCUCCACACCAAGACAAUGCAGAGUCUUCAGAGAAGAGAUUCAGAAUGAAUAGCUUUGUGUCAGACUUCGGAAGACCGCUGGAGCCAGAUAAGGUGUUUUCUCGACAGGGCAAUGAGGAAUCCAGGUCUCUCUUUCACUGCUACAUCAAUGAAGUGGAACACUUGGAUAGGGCUAAAGCUUGUCACCAGACCACAGCCCUUGACAGCUGUGUUCAACUGCAGGAAGCCAUUAGAAGCAACGGGCGGCCAGAGGAGGAGUUGAACAGGCUCAUGAAGUUUGACAUCCCCAACUUCGUGAACACAGACCAGAACUCCUCCUUUGGGGAGGAUGAUCUUCUGAUUUCAGAACCACCUAUUGUUCUAGAAAAUAAGCCAGUUUCCCAGACCUCACACAAAGACCUGGAUUGAGAAACGUACUCUGUAAAGUGUCUUCCUGGAGAUGUUGGAUCCGUCUUUGUAAAGCAAGAAAUCUCCACUGACCAAAGUUGUUUGUGUGUGUUGGGGGGAGACAUGGGAGACAGAGAUAGAAAGAAAGACACAGAGAAGAGAGCCCCCUCAGAAAAGAGCUGAAGAAGCUGAGCUUCUGUGCCUUUAAACACAGUUCAGGCUUUUUUGAGAAUAAAGUAUUUGCAUGGUCUCAUCUUCCUUGUUGUUGAAAAGUUUGGCUGCACAGAGUGUCAGUGUUCUUGAAUGGGGGUUAGCAUGCUGCAUUCCAGUCUGGCCCUGCCACCACCACGCUCUAUUUUUAGCAAGUUGCUUUACCUCUCUGGGCUGCCACAUUGUUCGUUGUAACAUGAGUUUGAAGUAGAUGACUCAUCCCAGCUCUAAUAUUUUGUGAAUUUGUGACUUUGCAUCCAGAAGAAGCUGGAAUGUACAUAACGCAGUAUAAACCAGGGCACUGCCUCCUAUCUCUUGUAGGAUGCCCUAUGUUGGUACCUUCCACUCAGCCCUUAACUGAGCCCAGCUUUUGUCAGAGGUCCAAGCAUCUAUGAGGAGGUCAGAAGACACAUCUCUCAGUCACCAUGGCCAACAUUUCUUUGAUUGUACUGAAACAGCUCUUCUGAGAACCUCCAGCCACCCAUGCUAAAAGCUAGGGCCAGCCCUGCCCCUCUUCUCCCAGAAUGAACCAAUUCAUGGUACCAAUUCAUGGUACAUUGCAUGGCACUCUUGUUCCCAGAAAUGUAGAGAAGGUUGUCAGCUCAGUGAGAGGAGGUGCCUUUUGUAUCUCUGUGUUGGCGUGCGUCUGUCACAAGAAGAGUACUUGCCAUGCUAUUUAUUUGCCAGGUGUGUAGGUGAUAGUCAUGUGACUCGUGUAUGGACUUUGAGCUGAGAUGGUGAAUGGGUUGUAAAUCCCCACCAACAGAUAUGCAGGGUGGCCUGGUGCAACACAGAGUUAAUUUCAUGAAAGAAUCCAGUCUGCACACUGGUAUUGGAAACAACUUGGUUUUGUGCACACAGUUGCUUGCAUGGCCAACUGCUAAUCUCUGGGUGGCAUUUUCAUCAUGAAUUUGUUUACCACCUGUCUUGCUAAAGCUAAAAAAUAAAUGCAUUUGCACAGGAA